CCAGUCAGCAGCACGGCGCUCCAGGACAAACCUGCAAACUACUGCUAGUGUCCGACACUUGGGUAACAAAAGAUAUAUUACACAAUUACGAAGAACAGGAGACACAACAAAAGCGCUUUAUCCAUGGACAAAAAUGAUGACAACGAGACGAUACUUUGCUGAGGAGCUCUUUUCAAUGCAUCAUAUUUCUUGUUAUGCCAACAACGGAAUAUUCAAGAGUCAAAAGAGACUGAAAAUGACAGAGCUGGAGCCAGUAUUGGACUUUGCUUCGUCGGGCCGAUCUGGCCGCCGCAAUGCACUGCCUGAUAUCUUGGGAUCUCCUGUUGGAGUCCCCCCUGACCUGUCACUCAAACUGGCUGAACUGUCUCUCACUGACGGGCCAGCAGGAGCUCAGUCUCCUAACACGGACGAGCCCCCUACACCCACAGAGAGUCCAGAGGGCAAGGAAGGCUCCUAAAGGAGAGCAGUGUGCAUCAAGCCUUUAGCUCAGAGAUGGAGCUGCGGCAUCACUGCUGUCCUCGCUGCAUGACUGCAGAUUGCUUCCACUGGGUUUAGGAGUCUUCAGACUGUUAUGGAAAAGAUAGCAAGCAGUGGAUAGAAGAAGGGACUUGAAAACCAGGUCUUAUAGGGGACAGUGCAAUGAGUAUGUCCAAAGACUGGAGCUGAACUUUGAAAGUGGGCAAACUCCGAAGAUCAACUCUGAGUUUUUGCCAAUAGACAAACCAAAUCAUGGGAGGAUACCACUAAUGAGUGCUUUAAUGAAUUUUUCCUGUUGUUUGACCUGAUGCUGUUCUUUUAUGAGUUUUGUAUAUUUCCAACACCUAUUGUGAAGAGUCGAUUUGUAUUGUGUGAUAGUAGUGUACAUAAAAAAAAAAAAUCAGCUUGAAGAGAUUUCAUAUGUCUUUAUUAUAUAAUGUGUCCGCUUAUAAGAAAGAAAGCAUGAGAGAGAGAGUUGGAAUGAGUGUGUGUUUCAGAGAGAGAGAAAUAGAGAAUGAGUGUAUGUGUGUGUUUCAGAGAGGGAGAGAGAGAGAGAAAUAGAGAAUGAGUGUGUGUGUGUUUGAUUCAGAGAGAGACAGAGAGAGUACAUUAUGUAGCAUUAUCCUGUAUCCAGAAUUCUAAAGCCAUUAAAUUCACAAAAUUUGCCAGUUAAUAAAUAAGCUAAAUCCAGCACUACAUUGAAAAUAUUCUAUGCAUAAAGUCAAGACACUGAGCCAAUUAAGAUUAAUUAAUGUACUGUAAAACACUUGAGUGGCUCAAACUGCUUGCUAGAAAAAUUAGUAAAGGUGCUUAACACACUAGGCAAUGAAGUUAUAGUAUUAUAGAGGUUAUAGUAUUAUUAAUACUCCAUCCUCCUGUCAUCAAGUUUAAUUACUGUUUAAUGACUUCUACUAUUAACACAGGGAAACACCUUUAAGCCAGCUUAAGAUCUGUUCAGCAGCGAGAAGGCUUUUUUUUUCUCUAGAAUCUUUCUCUGAUUGAGAGUUAUUGUGUUAUAAGUUUGUGAGUAUUCUUUUUUCCCCGUUUUGUUAUUUGGUCAAAAUCAAGCUUGAAUAUUUAAGCAAAUCGGUCAAAUAUUUAAGCAAAUCUUUAUCAAAGCCGCAGUCUUUUUGUGGUAUGCCAUUUUAACAAUAUUCAGGGGCUUUUAUUUCUGUUUUUGAAUGAAGAAUAUGUCACUGAUGAGACUGUUGAUGUGAAUCAUGAUGUAUUAUGGAUAUAUCCAUUUCCUCCCUUUAUAAAAGUCCUAAAAACUUUGCAGUGCUGUUUUACCUACAGUAUACAACAAAUUGUUAAAUGUAUGUGUAUUAAAAUUUUAUCAGUGCCAACCUAUUUUUUUUAAAUGGCAAUAACCGACAUUAUUAUAAAUGUAAGUGAAAGUGCACAUCAAUAAAGCCAUAGCGUUUGUGGAUGAGACUGUUUUCUGUUCAAUAACAUGACAAUGCCAUCAUCAGUAUUGUUUAGUGAUCAUUAUAAAUGCCACAUAACAUGUACUUACUGAAUAUAGCUUAUCUAAUG